AUGUUUGGAGAAUACCCUUUCCUUUCUGCGGUCACAGAGAGCAGGCAAAAGCUAAAACGAGAGUGCGUCGGCGGCGGGAAGGUCGUGAAUCCGGCUCCAGACGACACCGUUCCAGAUUCGACAGGGAGCCCAGAUGAACUUGCGGAGCUACUUUCUAGUGAUAUGCAAAAGGAAGGUCUUCAUGGCCCGAUAUUAACUCUUAAACUUAAAACUUCAUCUUUUGAGGUUCGAACCAGAGCUUUAACUCUGCAGAAGUACAUAUCCUCAAGGGACGAUAUCUAUAAAUAUGCAUCAAAGCUUCUGAAGGCUGAACUACCCAUAUCUUUAAGACUGAUAGGACUUAGGGUGUCUCGGUUUAAAGAAGAUAAAAGGUGGGCGCUCCAUCUGAUCCAGCACAGAAAACACUCCUGAGCUUCAUGUGGGCGGAUGCUACUGGAAAUUUCACUAGGGGACAGAGCUCAUUGCGAUCAGAAACUGGCAAUCCUCUCUUCAUGAAUGACUUGGGACUCGAUAUUUCUGCAGAGGCUCACGAGAUGAUUGAGCAUGAAUAUGAUAGUAAUGGUUCUAUGAAGAGUGCGCACCAAUGGACUGACGAUCAAGAUAUUACCUUUCCUCUCAUUGUUUAUCAGAUACCGUAGUCUGUCGUUAAACUUCAUCUCUUCUCAGGUCGGCGCAGAAGCAUGCUGGAAGCGGAAAUAAACACAUAAGAAGCGCAAGUCGUCGCGCCUUCAGACGGACAUCUUCCGAUAGGUGUGUUCUUUGAGAAGAUUAAUCAGAAACCCUAGAGAUCGUUCUUUUUGCACUUUGAUUCUUCUUCUAUGUAUAGUUUUCUUUGCUAAAGCUGGGACCAAUUAUCUGAAGAUAUGUUAGAUAUGUACCAUCCCCUCCUAGGAAACAGUUGGGUGUAAGUUGUAUAUGGACCAUCGGGGUUGAUAUUUCCUAGUACCAAUAUCAUUGGCUUUCUUCGCCCUCAACUAUCUUGUAUUAAAUACUGAUGUUGUCAUAUCAAAUAAUUACUUCAAUAGUAAUUCCACCCAA